AAACAAAACUUGCGAGGUUGGGGGCGUUGAGGGGGUUGGGGAAUAGGGAGAAAGUUUCUCAAUUGUUUGAGGAAAUUGGUGGGGUCCAAGCUGAUCAAUUGUUUACCAAACUGACUCUGAACAAUGGCGCUUCAGACGGACGGCUACAAUGCUGACACGGAGGGCAGCAACAACUCGCCCCUGCAGGACGACUCCGAUGACGAGAUGGACGACGAAAAGGAUCCAGCAUCCGCCCAGAUCGUGCUGAAGCGUCUGGAGCUGAACGGCGGACCGACGUACCUGGCGCGCGACUACAUGAGCGGUGACGACUUCUCUGACUACUCCAUCGAGAGCCCCGAGGACAACGACUCGGACUAUGAAGACCGCCGAAAGAAGCGCAAGAAGCGGCGCGCUGUCAAGCGGGUCAAGUGUGACGAAUGUAACCGGCGCUUCGUCACCAAGGGCUUCAUGCUGAAGCACAAGGCGGUGCACAGAGGCGAGUUCACGUGCCCCAAGUGCGACAAAAAGUGCGCCUCGGCCGGCAUGCUGCGUCUUCACCAGCGGCUUCACACAGGCGAACGGCCUCACGGCUGCGGUCAGUGCGACAAGGCGUUCGCGUUCAAGCUGCAGCUGAUAUCGCACGUGGAUCGCGACCACAGCGAUGGCGUGCUGCUGUACGCGUGCGACGAGUGUGACCGCGCCUUCUCCAAGGAAACGUUCCUCGCGCGCCACCAGAUCACACACAAGGAGCGCACACACGAGUGUGACUUCUGCGGCAAGGGGUUCUUCGGCAACGCCCCGCUGCGCGCGCACAUCCAGCGGGUGCACCGCGCGCAGCCGUCCGACACCCCGGGUGACGGCGGCCGACGCUCGGGCCGCACGGCGCGCGUCGAUUACCGAGAUGACGUCAUCAACGUGGAGGCUGCUGCCGACGAGUACCGUCCUCGUAAGAAGCGGCCCGCGCACGCGUUCGUCGCCAAGGUGGUGAGCCGCCUGCGCAGUGAGGAGGCGCCGCCGCCGGCCGCGCGGGGACGCGCCAAAAAGAAGAAGCGCGCGCCGUUUUACGUGGGCACGGGCACUCAGCCUAGCAGGGAGUCUAACCGGCGCACCAAGAUGGUUAACUACGCCGAUCGCGACUCCGAGGGGCAGUCCGAGUCGGAGUCGGAGUCUGAGGGGGAGGGGUCGGGGGAGGAGGCGCCGGCCAAGAAGAGGGGUCGCGGCCGGCCGAAGAAGAAGAAGGAAGUCGUUCAGAACGGUCACGGCGAUGGCGAGGAGGAGGCUCAGCAGACCAAACGGGGAAGGCCGGGCCGCGGGAGACCCAGGAAGGCGGCCGCGGCGCCGCCUUCUGAGGACGAAGAACAGGACGAGGAGCAGCCUCAGAAGACCGCGCGGGGACGCGGCCGGCAGAGAAAGGCCGCUGCGCAAAACGACGAGGAGGCGCUAGUCUCUGAUGAAUCUGAGGAAGAACAGAGCCAGUCUAAGAAAACCCCGCGGGGCAGGGGUAGGCCGAAGAAGCAGCCGCCGAAGAGGAAGGCAGAUGAUUCUGAGGAGGACGAGCCAGAAGCUGAGACGCCACGCCGCCGCGGCCGACCUGCCGCCAGCCGUAAGAGCCUGGCCGACCGCAUCCUGGAGGAGGAGGGAGAGGACAUCCCCUCCGCGAGGAAGACCGGCCGCGGUCGGAAGGCCGCCGCCGCCGCUGCUGAUAGUGGCGGCGACAGCAGCGAGGAGGAGCCUCCGCCGGCCAAGAAGACCCCCGGCCGCGGCAGGCCUCCCAAGGCGCCGCCGGCCGCCGAGACGGCCGAGAACGGGACGUCCGGCGGGUCGGACGAGGAGUGGGAGGACGCGGAGGCCAAGACGCCGGCCCGGCGCGCGCGCGCCGCCGCCGCGGUCAAGACGCCGCCGGCGCGGGCGACGGGUCGGCGCGCGGCGGCCACCAACGUCAGUCUGGCAGAGGCCAGCGACAGUGAGAGCGAGGACGGGGAGGAGGCCGCCGCGCGGCGCGCCACCGGACGCGGUCGGCGCGCCAGGGACGACGCCGAGUCGCGCGUGCCGCCCAAGAAGCGGCUGCGCGGCCGCCAGUGAGAACCGGCGGCGGCGGGCGGGACGACGGAACACCCAGUGAUGGAGAAACUCGCAACCAGCGCCGGCCAAUCGGCUGUCACAGCGCCAGCAUAAACAGCGGGACGGCCGGCCGAGUGGCCGCCCCGGCGGACGGCGGAUCUGAGGGUCCUGCAGACGCGGCCGGCGGGUCGCGCGUGACCGGACCAACAAUGUGACGAAUUGUCCGCGCCACAGAUGUACAAAGACUGCGCGGCGGCUACGGACGGCGGGCCGGGCAAUUCCCGGUGGCCGUGUACUGGAGUUUGUUUUUAGGCUGCCGUUUCAACGAGGGAGGGGGAGGGGGAUGAGUGUCGAGCUUCUGCGCGCGGGAAGUGCCAGAAUCGUUCCAGUGAGUGACUGUGAAUAUCAUUUUGGGCCUUUGUGACGUUAUAAUUGCGAUAUAUUUUGGUCGCUUUUCGUUUGUGGUACUACACAAAUGCUUUUUGAUAAUUAGAGCUGGCAAUGUCACAUGUUUUACCAGUAGACUAGUGGCUAGUUCGAUGUAUUAUUUAGUGCCACCAAACGCCAGCGUGACUUUGAAUAAAAUACUGCCUAAU